AUGUCACGGGGCCUUGAGGUAAGAAGCAGGAGAUUUCUUGGGGGGACACUUUGUUCUGCAACCGAUUCCAGAACUCUCGUGCAAAAUCCUGCGGGCUUGUGGUCUCGGAUCCAAUGCAGAAACACCUGUCGUGCCUCUCUUCAAGCCACGACUGCUCCUUCUAAGAAAACGUGCUCAGCAAACCCUACAAUGAUCAUGCUUGGUGGCGGCGCUCGCACUCUUAUUGUGGAGUGCCCAUUCAGACGCAUGCAUAUUGGCCAAGUCCUCUCUCUGUGCCCGCCGGAGGAGUGUUUGCUCUCUGGCUUCCCCUGCGAGCUGCUGUGCCUUGCCAUCCAGAUGCAGGGUACGAUCCUGUGUGGCCAAAGCCUAGGAGGCACGGUGGCCUUGACCAUAGCCGUGAGGUUGACAACAUGUGGCCUCUGUGUGCAUGGCGUCGUAUGCCUUGAUUCCCGCUGCGACCGUUUCUAUGACUUGUUCUCAGCUUGGCCAAGGCUGCCCCCAACCCUGCCACAUUCCCUGACGUCGGUACACUUCCGACUUGCCGCGUCGCGAGCUGAAGACUAUGUGGACUCGCUGGUGCCGCGCGGGCAACUAUCAGGCCGCUUCCCAAACACAGCCGACGCGGCAAAAGGGUGGCACUGCCGAGCAACCUGGCGCUCCCAGCGACUGCUCGCAGAUGCUGGCCAUUACGGCAUGGCACAAUCCCAUGCCUGGGACAUCAACCGCUGCAUCCAGGCCGAGAUUGCUCGAAGCCGGGAUCCUAAAAAUUCCCGAGAAUGA